AUGGGGCGUCCCUCGCACCAUCGUGAGGACUCGUCCUCCAGCAAGAGCCACCGGCCAGCCCAGCCAAGCUCGCUGCGCCAGAGCCACGCAGCUUCGAGUCGAGACAGUAGCCAGGACAGCGGCCCGGCAUUUAGACAAGCAGUCCCUUCUAGGGAUGACGCUGCUCGUGGCGAUGCCACCGUUGGCGGCAAUACAGACGAGUCCACGCCAUUGAUUUCCGACGGCGGAAGUACCGAACGCAGGCGAUCGAGCGCCGUUCACCCUGGCGUUUGCAACCACGGCACGUUUAGCCCUCGACCGAUGACCCCGGACGAAGUAUUCCCCAUUGCUAGGGACGAUAUUGUCACCACGGGGCCCGACGGGCUGUUUGACAAUUCCUCGUCCCAAGAAUCAAUCGAUGAGGGCUGGAAGAAAUGGUUUAGCGGGAGAAUCCGGACCAAGAGGAUGGGCGAGACUAGGGAACUCGCUCAUCGAGCUGGAUUCAGAGAUACGCCCUUGAUGUAUCUGUCCUACUACAUUCCUUGCUUGAAUUGGAUGCAGCAGUAUAAAUGGUCCUAUCUCCAGGGCGACCUUGUGUCUGCCAUUACCAUUGCAUCCUUCUAUCUCCCCAUGGCGCUGUCGCUCGCUUCCAACCUCGCUCAUGUACCUCCAAUUCACGGCCUGUAUGCCUUUGUUUUCCAGCCCUUCAUUUACGCCUUGCUGGGUUCAUCGUCGCAGAUGGUUGUUGGUCCAGAGGCUGCUGGCUCUCUGCUUGUAGGCACGGUUGUGCAGCAGAGCGUCGACAGCGGUGGCUCGGCUGAGGAUAACGACCUCGUUCAUGCCCAGAUCUGUGGGGUUGUAGCUGGUAUGGCGGGAGCUACGGUUUUGAUUGCAGGAAUAGCACGGUUGGGUUUCUUGGACAGCGUACUAAGCCGCCCCUUUUUGCGUGGAUUUAUCAGCGCCAUUGGCUUUGUCAUAGCCGUAGACCAGCUCAUCCCUGAGCUUGGUCUGAACGAUCUUGCAAGCGACGAUGGCGCAAGCCACGGCAGUACCGUUGAGAAGAUUGCCUUUAUUGUGGAAAAUAUUAGUGAGGCCCACCAUCUCACGUUUGCUGUUGCCGGCAUCAGCUUCCUAGUCAUUAUGAUUUUCCGCGAGUUUAAAAAGCGUCUUGAACCUAGAUUCCCCUCGGUCGUGUUUGUACCAGAUCGAUUCUUGGUCGUCGUCGUUUCUGCCAUUCUCUGCUGGCAUUUUCGCUGGGACAAGCAAGGCGUUGAGGUCCUUGGCGCCGUCAAAGCCGCCAACGGAGGCGUUUUUGCAUUUAGAUGGCCGUUUCAAAUGGCUCACAUGAAGCACAUUCGCAGUGCCAUGUCGACGUCUUUUCUUAUUGCACUGCUCGGCUUCUUCGAGUCAUCCGUCGCCGCCAAGAGCCUGGGAGGCAAUGAUGCCAUUCAAGGCAUCGAAUUGAGUGCAAACCGAGAAAUGAUUGCCCUAGGCACUGCCAACCUCGUCGGCGCUUGUUUUAUGAGUCUGCCGGCCUUUGGAGGCUAUGGGAGGAGCAAGGUGAACAAAACGACUGGUGGCAAGAGCCCCGUAAGCUCGAUUCUGCUGAGUUUGAUCUCACUCUUGUCCAUCUUGUUCCUGCUGCCGUACUUUUACUUUUUGCCGAAACCUGUUCUCUGUUCCAUGAUAUCUGUGGUGGCGUAUUCAUUGAUAGAGGAGGCGCCGCAUGACAUUGCCUUCUUCGUCACAAUCAGGGGCUGGACGGAGCUUGGGCUCAUGGCCGUCAUCUUCCUGUCGACGAUUUUCUACUCUCUCACGCUCGGCAUGGCCAUGGGGGUUGGCAUUUCGAUCCUUCUCGUCAUCAAGCACAGCACACGCCCUAGAAUUCAGAUUCUGGGGCGCAUUCCCGGGACGAACCGGUUCGAAAACGCCGAGUCUGGACGUGCAUGCCUGGAGUUUAUUGAGGGCUGUCUCAUUGUCAAGAUUCCUGAGCCGCUUACUUUUGCCAACACGGGGGAGUUGAAGGCGCGACUGCGACGGCUAGAGCUGUAUGGAACUUCAAAAGUGCACCCGGCUCUCCCCCGUCUGCGGAGCCAAGAAUCCAACCGAAACGUCAUCUUUGACAUUCACGGCGUCACAUCGAUGGACGGCUCGGGCACGCAGGUUCUUGAGGAAAUUGUACGCAACUACCGAGAACGCGGUGUACGAAUCUUCUUCUCCCGUGGCCCCAGUCGGCGAGAUCACGCCGUCUGGAAGCUGCUGGAACGAAGUGGCAUUGUGGCACUGAGUGGAGGCGAGUCGCAUUUUGUGAAUGAUGUCGAAGAGGCGUUGCGAUGGACAGAGUACGAGGACAGCAUUGGCGUUCGGAGCGGUGGCAGCGGUUGA